AUGAAGAAGACCGAAGAAGGUUCACCACGCAAGGGCGGGCCCGAGCAGGAUGAAGUAGGAAUAUCAGGCCGCCGUGCUUCGGAACCGGGACACCGGCCACUCCACCACCAAGAGCCAAUCCCGACCGCCGCCUUCAAGAAGGAGCACGCCACCGAGGUGCUCGACGCCCAGACCAGGGGAGAGCCGGCUUUCGCCAGAGCUCAAGGGGUAGGCGGGAGGGGGAGGGUCCACCCCAAAGCCUCCAGGGAGGGGAUCGACACCAAAGACGUCGACUUGGGGGAGGGGGCGCCGCGCGGCCAGGGGUUUCCCCCGGAACCACACCCAAACGCCAGAUCCGGCCGCCCGGCAGCACAAGGCGACGGACUCCGCCGCCAAGGACCACCGCCGGCGCAGAUCGGAGAAGAUCGGGCCGGGACCGAAGCUUCUUCAAGGGACCCGGUGGACUGCAAGGAGCCGCCGCUGCGCCGUCGACCGCGACCUCCACGCUACCCGCGCAGCCAUGGGAAGCCACCCACCAGCACCCGCCGGCGCCGCCCGCCGCCCAGGCCGCGCCACCGGUCGGAGCCGCCGCCCCGGGAGCGCCACAGCCCUCCAUCCGAGGAGGAGGCGCCGAAUCCCCGCCGCCACGGUCAUCAGGGCCACGCGCCGGCGCCGAGCGCCCCUCUGGUAGCGGCGUAG